GGGGGGGGGUUGGGAAAUUCCUGGCAGGAAAAAUCCAACCUGGAGCAGGAACGGGAAAAUCUGGGAAUUCUCCUCCGGAAUUUGCGGCGGGAGCUGGAGGAGAGCUCGGAGGAGACGGAGCAGUGGCGGGAAAUGUUCCAGAAAAACAAGGAAGAGCUCCGGAAUUCCAAGCAGGAGUUGCUGCAGGCCAGGCUGGAACGGGAGGAAUUCGAGGAGGAGCUCCGGGAGCUCCGGGAGCGAUUCCAGGCUCGGGAGGAUCGGGAUCGGAGCAACCCCGAGGAGCUGGAAAAGCUCCGGAAGGAAGUUUCCAGUCGGGAUCUGGAGCUGGAGAAGCUUCGGAAAGAUCUGGAAAAGCUCCGGAAGGAGCUGGAAGAGGCUGCCCAGGCUCGGAAUUCCCUGGAAUCGUCCCUGGAGGCGUCGGAGGAGGCGCGGAAAGUUCUGGAAUCGCGGCUGGAGGAAUUCCAGGAUCAGCGGGAAAAUGGGGAAAAGCUCCAGGAAAAAGUGGCAGCCCUGGAG